GCGAUCUUCUUUUGUCGCUGUUCUGUGAUGUCAAAGGGCCCUCAAAAACAGCCAAACAACCCAACUUUGCAGUCAACAAUUUAAGAAUUUCGCCUUAUACUGGCUGAGCCAUCAAUGAAAGACGACUGUUAAUUGAAAGAUAGAUACAGUGUUGAAAGCGAACCGUGUUCCUAGUUAGUCAUAUUAGCAUUCCUGCCUAUACAACCUUGGUUAAACUGAGGUUUACCUAGCGGCACAUCCAAGUUUGGAUAUCUUGUCUUCUGCUUUCUCUGGGAAAAAUCAUCAAUGCAUUACUGCUUUGGAAAGUUGUUGCUGUUUUAUGAGUCAGCAACUUUGUGAAGAAAUAUGCAACAUCCCCUACAUGCGCAUCAUCCGCAUCCACCUCAAGUGCACCAAGGAGCCCAUGCUAUUGCUCAUGUAAACCAUAAUGCACGACAUGGGCGCAACAAUUGUAACGGAAAUGACAACUCUCAGCAUCACCCACAAGCUGCUCAGCAUUCAACAUUACCAAAACAUAUUCCAAUACCUCAUAUUCCACGAGAUGGCGAUGUUUUAUUUGAGUUCAUAAUGUUUAUGUUCUCAGCAGUUUGUUGUGCUCUUCAAUUCCUGAUUAUUUAUCGAUCAGUAUUCUGGUUGCCAUAUUCAUUCAACAAUUUUGCUUUGAAUGUUCAACUGAUUGACUUCCACCUACUCAUAUUUAUUGGUGUUAUCUUGAUGCGGCGUCUUCUUUACACCAUGAUUGCUCGUGUUGGUCAAGCAUACAUAUCAUCUGUGCUAUGGCCAGCUGCCCGCAAAAUCAUUCAAUUUAUCAUGUUAGGCUGGGUGGGAUCAGUGAUCCUCUUUUGCCUAUACAAUAUAAUGCACACACAUCCCAUUGUGAAGUUAUUUUAUUUGUGCUAUCCGCUAUCCCUUUAUUUUAUAUUAUUCGGCCUUACGGUUGGGCCUUUCUUUGAUCUGACAAUAUUUCCAGUUUCUGAUUCAGAUCAACAAUGCAAGUCAUUUUUAAGUUUUGAUGGAAGUCCAUUGCACAACUGUUCCACCUCUCCUGAAGCUAUUCGUGAAGAGGUUGAUGUUCUAAAAAGUGACAUCAAUAAUCGUAUGAAGCAGGUUUUGUUUAACUCUGUAUUCUCAGCAUACUAUGCUGGGUUUAUUCCCUGCUGUUUUGCUACUACACUGAUGUAUUAUGAAACCUAUUGGGCAACUUUUCACAUUCUGUGGCUGUGGCUUGGUAGUUUUGUUUUGUAUCUUACACAUUGUUUUCCUGUCAGGUAUUGUGAUGUCAUGCACAGAUGUGCUCUACACCUAGGAAGAUGGCAUCGAUUGAUUAUGCCACAUUCUAAUGUUCAUUGGACAGGAAAUAAAUUGUGGCCAUAUGAAUCAGUUGUAAAGCAUUAUGAUAAGCUUUAUCAGGCUCUUAAUACAACAAAUGCUGCAGAGCCUGGUAACCAGGUGCAUAACCGAUUUUAUGACUUAUUUCAAAAUCCAACUCGAAUAUACUUAGUUGUGCUCACUAUGCACAUGUUAAUGAUAAUUAUUCAAUUGAUCCAACUGGCAACUGCUUCUGAGUGGUACCAAGCUGUGAGCAUGGCAUCUGUGCUUUUCUUUAACUACUAUACCCUUUACAAACUCCUGCGAGAUUUGCUUAUUAGUCAUCGUGUCUACAAGGCAGAGCGUAUAGUAAAAGACAGAGAAAACUCCUAGCAUCAGGAACCGGCGUCAGUGCUCAAAAGAGCUCUGUACGUCGCUGUUCCCAUUUUGCUGGCUAUCAUAUUGGCCAUGCUUUUGGGAAACUGCAUCACGCAGCCUCAAAACCUACGACAUGUCAGGUCUACUCCACAGUCUGGGUCAAUGCCUCUGGAUAGUGCGAGAAGAAGGGCACCACCUCACCCUCCAGUUGUGAAGCCAACAGCUACAGUUACUGCAAAUGUAGUUUCGAGGACUGGUGCACAUAGUCCAGGAGAUUCCUCUUCGUUACCAAACAGAUUAAAUUUGAAAUGUGUCCAUGCAGAUGGGAAAGGGCGAGAGCUCACCUGCACUCAAGUUCCCUCUUUAGAUAACUAAAAUUUAUGGUGAUAUUUACUCCCCUCAAAAUAAUUCGCAAUAUAAAUGGCAGUACUUACUUUUUAUAAUUUGGUGUACUUCAUAGAAGGGAAAUACUGCAAGGGCUUGCUUUCAUAACUUUCCAUGGAGCCACAUUAAUCUUAUACUGAUUAUUUCUAGAAAUACCCUGUUAUUAGUACCCGCAUUUGCAUGGUGUUCCCCAUAACAAUUUGUUCAUUAAUUCUUGAUAAUUUUACAUCUUCAUUUUCCUUAUUGCAUGAGAUCUCUGGUAUUUCCUUUUUUUUCCCAUAUGUGCCAGUCUUUGUGGCCUGUGUUUUGUUAGAUCCAUUAAUAAAGUACUUUCCAGAUUGACUAUUUAUUCUGUAACUGUAGAAUGGAGUAUUUCCUCCAAGCACAAAUGUCUUGUCAUAUCUGGAUGUGAUCUUCUUUUCCAACUAUUUUAGGAGUAAUGUUUACCUUUAUGUGAGUGAUAAAAGUCUUACAGGGAUAAUUUGCAGCAUGGAUAUUAUUACCUUAUGUUAAGUUUGUGCCCAAUGCAUUUUGACCAAAACACUGGAGGCAGGACAUAUCAUUUCAUAUUUCAGUUUGUACUUUCUUUGAAUUUUGUGUAUGCAUAUAGGCAAAGAUGACAUCAAAUUUAAUUCUGCUAUUUGUGCCAAUUGUGUUGAAAUUUGGCCCUUGCAAUGAUGCUCUUUAUGAGAUUUAUGUAUAAGCAAUCUGAAUAUUUGAUUGGUCUUCUGUUUCUAUCUGUUCACUUAUAAAAUGGUUGUUACAUUCAGGUAGAAAGUAAAAUGUACUGUACCAGCAUUAAGUUUUAGUUCUUCUCAAAUAGACAGCUUUGGUGAAUGAAACUUCAACAUAGAAUUAAAUCACUCUGAGAAUCUCUGUAGGAUUGCAUUGGUACCAUACAAAUUUAGUGGUGAAUCAAUACUACAUUUUGUGAUAUUUAGAAUGUGGAAAUCUGUUUUUCUUUCAUUUCUUCUUCUUAAUGGAAUUAUGAGGUAAUCUAUUUUUCAAUUGUGUGCUGUGCCAUAUUUCGGAGGUUAUUCUAGUCCUUUGUGUUGCAAAGUGUCUCAGUUUUUUGAGUGGUGUAAAUAUUGGAAUAUUGUGAUGUACUUAUUGUGCUGUGUGUUUGGAAUUGUACAAACUGUAAUACCUUGCAAAAUGCUUUAACAUUUUGUCUAGAUGUCCUUAAUAAUAAGGUUUCCAACCUGAUCUCUUCA